GUUUGCCUUGUGUGCCUUCAGCGCGCCGCAGUUGGGCUCAGUGUUGGAACAACUGCCGUCGCAGCGGUUGUUUGAGAUUCAGUUGUCGAGCUCACACUGAGAUUUGUAACUAUUUACAUCGAUGAGGAGCGAAAGGUGACGCCGUGUAUGGAAUGACAACCUCACAGAGAUACUCUGCAUCCAAACCAGCUGCGAGGUUUGCUGACAUGGCGUGGCAAACGCCAACCUUGUCCGAGAAAUUCCAGAAUCGCCUGGGCCUCCGGCCUGAAACAUCAGCCAGUGGGGACACUGGCCUUGGCACAUCAGCGUCUGACAGCACAGAAGAUUUCUGCAGCUCCGGGAGCAGCCCCUCUUUCCAGCCCAUUCGCAGUCAGAUCCCGAUACCAACGGCACAUGUCAUGCCAUCCACAGCCGGAGCCCUGGCCUCUAAGCCCCAGGCAAGCGUCCAGGAAGAAUCCAGAUCUUCCUCUACCUCCAGAACAUCAAGUGGCUCCACCUCCAAAUCGUCCUGCCUCUCCAAAUCAGCAUCUUCACCCAACCUGGAUGCUCAGCCCGCUAUGGGAAGCGAGAGUGUUGGGCCAAAGCCAGACUGCCUGAGCCGCUAUCGAAGCCUGGUCAAUGGGCUGGACCACUCGCUUUUCCCCACGGAUCACACACGAAUGGAUGAGGGCCAGAGGUUUGACACGCCUGCCGUGGAACCUACCCUGAACCAGUCAGCCUUGUUGGGGGGCUUAUGUCCUGAUGUCAGACUGCGAUUACAGACUGCAGGGAUUAGAGACAACUCAGACUUUGCAUCUGAGGUUUACAGAGGAGGCGCGGAUCAAAACUACAAAGUUCUCCCGGAGGCCAGGUCUGGAGUUUCCCUUCCCGGAGUUUCCAUCGCCAACGACCCUUCCAAUCCCAGGUCCAGCCAGCCUGCCGGUGUUUAUGCGAGCCCACUUAGCCUGCAGACACAGGCUCUGUUGAGGGAACAUGCGGGAACCAAAGCGUACGAUCCAGUACGCCAGGACCGUUGUGGCGAAAUACUUGGCUGGCCGCAGCAGCAGCAGCAACAACAACAAAAGCAACAGAUGGAUAGCCUACGCAUGCAAGUGGAACAAAUGCAGUUGAGCGCCGGGGUGGGCCAGUACCCGUCCUUGUACCCAACAGCCGUGCACCCGGAGUCUGGCAAGUGGGACGCUCUGGUGAAAGCCAGUGAAGGUCUGCUGAAGGAGAAGGAGCUUAUAAUAGAGCGACAAAGGCAGCAUAUGACUCAGUUGGAGCAGCGUCUGAGGGAAAGUGAGCUGCAUGUCCACGGAGCCUUCUUGGGCCGAGGCGCUCCCUUCGGUGAUGUGUGUUUGCUUCGGCUGCAGGAAGCUCAGAGGGAGAACGCGUUCCUGAGGGCACAAUUUGCUGAGCGCACAGACUGCGCUGCCAUCGAGAAGGCGGAGGCUGAGCGCAGGCUGGGUGCAGUGGAGGCUGAGACGCGCCGACUGACUGACAGCCUGAAGGAGACAUGCGAGAAGCAUACAGAGGAGAUGAAGAAACAGGAAGACAGGAUUAAGUGUCGAGACAAGCAUAUCAGCAACCUGAAAAAGAAGUGUCAGAAGGAGUCGGAGUUAAAACGAGAGAAUCAGCAGCGCAUCGAGACUCUGGAACGCUAUCUGGCCGACCUGCCAACCAUAGAGGACUACCAGAGCCAGAACAAAGUGCUUCAGGAGGCCGAGCAGCAGGCAGCUCGGCUUCAAGAGAAAGUAAAAGAACUGGAGGCCUCCUUAGAGACAACACGCUCACAACUUGAAGAAAAGGACACACAGCUGGAGGAGCAGAAACGAAGGGAGAGGGAUCUGCUGACCACCAUUACUGAUAUGCAGCAGCGAGUGCAACAGGGCCUUGAAGAUGGAGCCCGGCUGCCUUCUCUGGACAUCGACAAGCUCAGAGGAGAGAAUAAUAGUUUAAGAGAGGAGCAGCAAAAACUCAAGAAGGUUAUUGAGAAACAACAUAGGAUGAUGGAGCAACUUCGUUCCCAGAUUCAGGCUUUGGAGGUGCAGAUAUCCCAGGAAGAGAACGCUUCCCAAGCUCUGAGAGAGGAUGUGUUGGCCAAAGAGCAAAACAUGGAUGAGCUCCACAUGGCCAUGAAAGAGCUCUCUUCCCAAAACCAGGAACUGAUGGAGCAGAACCUGACCCUGCAGGAGCAGAUUGGUGAGUCAGAGCAGAAGAGCACCAACGAGGCCUCCUCAAGUCUGCAGGCGACUGGGGCCCGCCUGACACAGAGGCUCCACAAGGAGCUUUCUUCUUGCCUCUGUGACUUGCGCUCCCUGUGCAGCAUUUUGACCCAAAGGGCUCAGGGACAAGACCCCAACCUCUCACUGCUGCUCGGACUCAUGGCACCCGUAGCAAUGGCGGAGCAUGAUGAGGAUUGGCUAAGUCCAGAGGUGCUACACAAGAAGCUGCUGGAAGCACAACAGCUUCGUCGUGAUGUGGAGGAGUUGCGUAACCUAAUACUGGAUCGCUACGCACAAGACAUGGGCGAAAACUGCAUCACCCAAUAGCUUUGCCCCGUUUCACCUCAGGAGCAUUACUAACAGGCUGGACUUUCAAGCCUAGUUACUGAAUGUCAGCACACGGAGCAGGUUUUAAUUUCUUGGAAUGCGGACAAAAGCAAGCCGAAAUGAUUUGGCUUCGUUUGACUGACUGUACUCUACUUCUACAGCCUGCCUGUAGAACAGUCUUCCUAUCCUACUGUUGUUCAGCAAUUUCAGUCCAAGGGCUAACAGAAAAUAACUUGCCUCUAAUACUUGAUUCUAUUGAAAAUGCUUUUUUAUUUUAAUGUGAUAUACGAUCAUUUACCAAAUAGUCUUAAACCUUUUUCACAUAAGUGGAUAGAGCCAUGUCUGUAAAAGUCCCAGAAAUAUAAUUUAUUGAGCUCUAGAUUUCCCUCUUUUGGGGAAAAGAUUCAAGAAGCGGUUGACAAUCAACUGGAACUAUGUUUUGUCAUGGAGAUGUUGCCACUAUACCGUUAUUUAAAAUGGUGACGAGUGAAACAUCUGCUGUGUUGUGAGCUAGAAGACAUAUACCAAACCAGCAUUUUAAACCAUCGGGCCUUCGUCUGUUCAAACUACCAAAGAAAGCUGGUCGAGACAGUCGUGCAAAGUUGGAAUCUUUUCAGCCCCCCGCCAAUCCCUUUACAACCCCUCCGUCCACCGCUGCUGUAGACUGGAUUCUCACUGAACACCAUUGGGUGCCUUUCUUUCGCGUUUGAGGUUAUGCCUUUCAUUCAUUUUAGACCAAGCUCACAACUCACUCUUCUAGUAUGACAUUUCUCCCCGAGCAUCAGUCACUAGGAUGAUAGUCCACACAUUCCCUGACUCUGAAUGUAGCAGAUGAUGUAGGAUGUUUGCUCUCUGUUAGACGUGUGCUGUUAUAUAUUAGUCCAUGUACAUUUUGAGGUUGAUGAUGGCUUUCUUACUCGUUAGGUAAAUAUAUAAGUGAGAAACAAUAUUGACCUUCAGUAUUAAUUUAUUAUCUGGACAGUGUGUGAACAAGUUGUGGGCCUCCUAAUAUGUUGCUGUAAUGAUUCGCUUGAUGUUAAUGUGCAAAGGUUCCAUGAAGUGUGUUAGUUUUGUUUUCAUAUUAUGACUAGACAUGUUCCGAAUUUGAGUGGAUGUUGGUUAAGACAUAUUAAAAGGGACAUGUUUUCAUUAAGUGUGACGAGCAUAGGGCUGGCUGGAUCACCCCGAAGUGUACUCAUGGCGUUUUUUUAAUGGAUUUUUACUAGUUUUGGAAUAAAACGAGCCAUUAUAAAGACGAAAGGGACUGAAAAGCUUAUCAUACACAUUUAUGCAAUAACUAUCCAGGACACAAGCCAUUUCAUGGGACCUAUUAACCUUAAGAUGCACAAAAUUGAGAGUCAGGCUCUGCAUGCCUUAACAUCUCAAGUUUUUCAAAAGGGAUAAUCGUUUAUAUGGUCAUACCUUUUGUCCUUUGUAUUGCCCUAUUUUAGAAAUAAAGAUGUUCAAUUUUG